AUGCAACCAACACGAUUACCGUUUAUAAUUGGUGUGGCCGGUGGUACUGCGUCGGGCAAGAUUAAACUUAAGUCAUCAGUAUGUGCACGUAUUAUUGAACGUUUGGGAAAGGAGCACAAAAGGAGGGUGGUUGCGAUAUCUCAAGAUUCAUUUUAUCGUGAUCUCACCGAGGAAGAAGGUCUUCGGGCUAAACGUGGUGAUUUCAAUUUUGAUCACCCAGAUGCGUUCGAACAUACUCUGAUGCUGUCGCUCCUCAACAAAUUACGUAAAGGUGAAGCUGUCAAAGUACCGAAGUAUGACUUUGUUCAAAACACUAGAGUGAAAGAUGAAUACACGUUGAUCGAGCCAGCCGAUGUGAUUUUGGUUGAAGGAAUCUUAAUAUUCUAUGAGAAAUCACUACGAAAACUUUUCGAUAUGAAACUAUUCGUUGACGCGGAUUCAGAUGAUCGCCUAGCGCGUAGAUUGAUGCGAGAUACAUGCGAACGAGGUCGAAGUCUUAAACAGGCUGGUUUAUUUUCGUUCGUGUUACAUCAAUAUCUACAUUCAGUGAAGCCAGCGUUCGAAGAGUUUUGUUUACCGACGAAGAAGUAUGCUGAUGUGGUGAUCCCGAGGGGUGUAGAUAACGAAGUGGCAAUUGAUUUGAUAUUGCAUCAUAUUCAUGAGAUCUUACGAUCACCGCAUUCGUCGGUCGAUGGCCUGGAUGAUCAUUUGUCAACAACUGAUCAAGAUUCGUGUAGUUUGAGUGGUGGUGUGGGCGAUAAUGAACGUUGCUCGUCUUCAAUUUCAACGAGACCACACUAA